AUGCCUACUUUUGGCAAAACGAAGAAGCUGUUAGGGACGUUUGAAUACUUUAAUAUGCAAAACAUUAUCUCUCAACCAACUAGAAUAACAUCUACAACGGAGUUCCUAAUUGACCUUAUUGUUACAACUAAAGCAAACAUGGUUCGUCAAUGCGGCGUGCUGCCAUUGGGCAUAUCUGAUCACAGUUUAGUUUACGCCACUUUGAAAUUGAAAUCCAAAAGACCCCCUCCCAAGAUUGUCCGCUCAAGAAACUUCAAGAGAUGCAACAUUCAAGAUUUCAAGAAAGAUAUCGAACUUAUACCUUUUCACCUACUGGACAUAUUCGAAGACAAAGACGACGUCCUUUGGGGCUGGAAUCUUUUGUUCAACGAUGUUUUAGCCACUCGCACAAGAGAUCCGGUCAAAUGGAAGGAAUACAAAAGAUUACGUAAUGAAAUCACCACGGACGUACGUCGGGCGAAAACUAAACAUUUCAAGAACCAACUAAUUGAAAUAAAAACCUCUGCGGAGUAUUGGAAUCUUCUUCGCAAUGCCACUGCACCAAAACUUAGAAAGGCUAUUGGACCCUUGAAGAGGGAAGAUGGUUCUCUGGCAGUCGAUAGUAAGGAAAAAUCAAAUCUGAUGAAUUCUUUCUUUUCUAAUAUAGGAAUUAAUCUAACAAGGAACUCUUCAUUCACAAAAGUCAACCCUGCCACAACAUUAAAGUCUGUUCCUAUUAUCAAAGACGUUAUUUUAUCAAAAUCUGAAAUUGAAAAGCCUUUAUCAGAUCUUAAAUGGAAUAAAGCUACCGGUCCCGACCAGAUUUCUUCCAGAACUCUAAAAACUGCCGGGAAUGCGUUGGUCCAUCCAUUAUACCAUAUUUUUUGUGAAAGUCUAAGAUCUGGCUACGUGUUUGAAGAAUGGAAAGUGGCUAGGCUGAGCCCUAUCCACAAAAAGGACGAUGAGAGCGACAUGGGCAACUAUCGGCCAAUUUCUAUUCUCAGUAUACCCAGCAAGAUCCUUGAAUCAGCGGUCAUUCAAAGAAUCGUCAACCAUACAUUCUACGAGCACAGUUUAGUCACUGAAAACCAAUGGGCUUAUAGGAAAGGCUUUUCUAUUGAAUUAAUGCUUAUAAAACUGACAGAACAAUGGAGACAAGCAGUUGAUAACAGUAAAGUUGUCGGAGUGGUUUUUGUUGAUUUUCAAAAGGCCUUUGACUGUGAAUCGCAUAAAAUAUUGCUGAAUAAACUCGAGAUUGACUUUGGGAUCAAGGGCGUUCCUCAGGGAUCAGUCCUCGGUCCAACCUUGUUUGCACUUUACACAAAUGAUCUACCUGAUAAUAUAACAAAUGCAACUGUUUUUAUGUAUGCUGAUCAUACCACCCUGUUCUGUAUCGGACACACCUUAGACAUUGUUAUUGCCAAACUGAAUGCUGCUCUCAAGGAACUAGAGCUAUGGUGCUUAAGAAAUCAACUAUUGCCUCACCCCAAGAAAUGCGAAGAUACCACCGAAGAAGUUGACUUGUGUAUAGACUGUCAACCAAGUGAUGUACUAAAGGUUAUGGAGCAUUCAUGUAGCUGUAAGGCAGGUCAAGGAAUCUGCAACCACAAAGUCGCCUUUCUUUAUCAGGCAGCACAUUACAGCAUGCUGGGCUUAAAAACUGUUCCAGUUAUUCCUUCAAAGACCUCUCUGCCUCAGAAGUGGCACAAACCAAGAACAGCUGGGGUAGCACCAGAAUGUUCACAAGAAAUUCAGCUGAGGAAGCCAGAGUUAAAAUGA